UCCGCCGCUGCCGGGUGCUGCAGUGUCCGGGUCCGGCGCGGGCAGGGGCAUGAACGGCUCGGCGAACCCGCUGCUGGACAAGGAGGAGCACGGGCUGCAGCUGGGGGAGAGCUUCGAGCGGCGGCCCAAGGCCUCCUUCCACACCAUCCGCUAUGAUUUUAAGCCAGCCUCUAUAGACACAUCUUGUGAGGGGGAGCUCCAGGUUGGUAAAGGAGAUGAAGUAACAAUUACACUGCCACAUAUUCCAGGCUCAACUCCUCCAAUGACUGUGUUCAAAGGAAAUAAAAGACCAUAUCAGAAGGAUUGUGUACUUAUUAUCAAUCAUGACACUGGGGAAUAUGUGCUGGAAAAACUUAGUAGUAGCAUUCAAGUCAAGAAAACAAGGGCUGAGGGCAGCAGUAAGAUCCAGGCACGAAUAGAACAGCAGGCUGCCCGAGCCUCCCAGCCUUCCUCACAGUUCAAAGCCCCAUCCAAGCCAGCAGCUGGGCCCAAAACCUCCCCUUUGAAAGACAACCCUUCACCUGAACCUCAGCUGGAUGACAUUAAGAGAGAGCUAAGAGCAGAGGUUGAAAUUAUUGAACAGAUGAGUAGCAGCAGUGGUAGCAGCUCAUCGGACUCUGAGAGCUCUUCUGGGAGUGAUGAUGAAAGCUCUAGCAGUGACGGGGAAGAGGCUGCACGCAUUUCCCCCUCUCAGCCACCACACCAGCAGUACAACAACAGAAAUGCUGUUGCUAAUGGUACCAGCAGGCCACAAGGAAGCAAUCAGCUAAUGAACACUCUCAGUAAGUAA